AUGGAUGGAGCUGAGAGCGUUCUGCAGAGUGUGUUCACCAGGCUAAAUGCAACAAAAGCGGCAACUUUAGCAGAUACUUCCGUCUUUGCGGCAGACGACACUGAGAAGUUGAAAAAUCAUAGCCCAAAGGGUCCAAGCGAAAAUCCUGACCAUUCGGAAAUGAAUGAAGACAAGAAGCAAGAGCUGCCAGCACAGCAAGAGUCGGCCUUGCUGGGGAUGGGGAGGAAGGGAGAUCAGAUUGUGGGCGCGAAUGACGUCUCUACCAACAACAGCAGACGUGUUACUGGCAAGUAUAUAGAGCAACAGGCCGAGAGCGCGAACCUGAACUGCGCAGUACCUCUGAAAAUACCUCCCGAUAACCCGCAAAGUACUUCAACGCCAGCCGGUACUAGACGCACUAAACGCUCCUACCGAGCGCUUCAAGAAGAAGCAACGGCGUUUUUAACCGGCUGGAAUCCAUCCAAGAGUCAUCUUUCUUCCAGAAUGACAAGAAAUAGAAGAGAAACUCGGCCGGAAAGUAAAGACUUGGACUGCCGCGAUUUGAAUCAGCAGCCAGCGAAACGUGGCAAGCCAAUUUCUUUCGGUGUCACAACGUGGGACAUGGUUCCAGACUCUCGUCUGGAAAUCGUGAUACCUCUAAAACAAAAUCUUCGGCGCGAUACGUACGAGUACAUUCAUAACUGUGUCAUUGAUGGAAAGGAGACACUAUCCAUUGCCAAUCAUAGAGUCAGACAAAGCCAACGACCACGACGACAAGGUAACGGCGGUCGAGGAAGAGCGACCAAGCGCGAACCACCUACAGUUAGAGCGUCCAGAGUCAAGGAGGCUCCCACAAAAGCUGUGUCUCCGAAACAGCCAGUUCGGCAAGGCAGACCGAGCAAACGUGCGAAAGGAGGCGGCAAGUAUCUGGUCAAUGAGUCCAGGCGAAGCCUGCGUACGGCAGUGCAACGCUCGAGAGCAUCCCGCAAAGAGAACAUUGCGUCUCCUUUACGCAAGGCAUCACAACGAGCCGCGGACGGCAGCGUAACCUCGAGAGGCAGAGGCAGGCGCCAGUAG